AUGCCUUUCAUCACUCAGCUUGAUCUAGCUCUCGCAUUCGUGCGAAAUUCACCGAGACUACUGACCAGCAGCCUCAACGUCCUCGAUCCUCUUCGACACCACAGCGAGCUCCAAUCCGUCGUGGAAGCUCCGGUCCUUCCUAUCAACCCCGUCAAGACCAGUCCCGUUACCGCACCCCGUCGAGCCCUCGGGUACAACCUCAACCCCGUCAACAGAGUCCAGUCAGGCAGAGCCAAUCCAGACGCCCAGCCGCUGUCCCUCAACCCCAAUAUCGCAGAACUCAAAGUCUGUAUGCAAGAUCCUACAGACCGAGAGACUUCGUUCCGCAACCGAGACCUCAGGCUCGCAGUGUCUUGUCGUAUCCUCCCAGUCGACCCCAGAGACAACCCAGUGUUGCAUCUCUUCCCACAAUUGAUUCCUAUUGGUCUCUCGAGGGACUACCUCCCAACCAUGAACAACGCCAUAUCAGACGUAGCCGAGCCCAAAACAUCGCCAUGGUCGCAUCCUGGAUGGAUAAGCAUGAAGGAUCAGCUCGAGGCAUCCCGAUAG